UGACACACACCCACACAUACUCGUUGGCACACGUACGCGCACACAUACACACAGGCAGCAUGUCGGAGCGCAAGCGUUAUCACAAGGACAAUGCGCCCACGGAUGAUAUUAUCACACUUAUCAAUCUGGUGCGACAGAAUCCAGCGCUAUACAAUUAUAAGCUGCAGCCGAAUCAAAGACGACGCCCGGACAUAUUAAGUGGCUGGCAGGAGGUAUCCCAGCAAAUGGGCAACAAGUAUAGCGUGCAGGAGGUGCGGCGCAAGUGGAAAAACCUAAGGGAUACGUAUCAUCAAUAUCGUCGACGUUCGCCCAAAUGCAUCGAGGGACGUUUAUCCAAAUGGCGCUACGCUAAGCAGCUGGAUUUCCUAUCGAAGGUUUACCAGCCAAAGUUGAAGGCGCAUCGCGAUGCGCUGGCCGCUCUGGUGCAAAUAAAAAAGCAGCCUGACGAUGAGGAUGACGACGAAGAUGAGGAUGGUGUUGUUGAUGGUGGUGUUGGUGGCGUCGAGCAUGACCAUGAUGUUGAGCAUGAUAUUAUCGAUGAAGAUGGGCAUUCGGAUACAACGGCCCUGUCCUCCUCACAGAUAACGCUCGUCAGCGACGAGACCGAGGCGUUCAUAAUGACCGCCUAUGAGGAGAGCGUGGCCGAUGAUACGGUGCAUCAUCAUCAUCAUGCGCACAGGAUGGCCAUGACACAGCAGCACCAUCAUCAGCAGCAGCAGCAGCAUCAUCAGCAUCACCAUCACCAACAGCAGCAGCACCAGCAGCAGCAUCAUCAUCAGCAGCAUCAUCAGCAUCACCAUCAUCAUCAUCACCAGCAGCAGCACGAUGGCAGCAUUUCCAGCAUUGAAUUAUCACAAAUCACCCACGACGACGAAGACGUCGUCGAUGAUGAGCUGGACGAUGAUGACGAUGUGGUCGAUCAUGACGGACAGGUGGUAGACAUUGUUAAGCAUGAGCUAGACGAGGAUGGCGCCACAGCUGCUGAGGUCGAUUAUGAGGAGGUCUGCCUGUAUGAGGAGGCCAGCGGCACACAUUGCGAAUUGGGCGUCGAUGGUAGCAGCGAUGUGGUCGAUAGCAAGGGCUUUCAUUACAUUGAUGCCGAUGAGUUUUGCAUAGAGGAUAUCGAAACGGAGCCAGAGACACGCACCACUGUUACCGUGCCACUGCGUGCCACAACACAUCACGCUCACGCCCACACCCACACACAUACACAUCAGCAACAUUCUCAUCAUUUGGUCAGCAGCGCCACGGCUACGAAUAGCGUUCUGGCUGGCAACGGCAGCGUCAUCACAGCCGAUACCAAGCUCAAGAAUCUCACACUAGUGACGACCACGGCGGCAGCGGCAUCGACAUCAGCAUCAGCAGCGGGCAGCCAACGCUGCCACGAAGCAGGCAGCACCCAGCAAAUAGCUCUGGUCGACGUUACCGAGGCGACGAGCACCAGUGUCACCAUAUCCAGUACGCCUGCUGUGGCGCUGAAUGCCACCACGGUGAGCACCACGCUGCCGGCUGCCGCGGGAGGAGCAGCAGCGGUGCAGCCACAACCAGGAACAGCUACAGCUGCUGCAGCAGCCGCGGCGGCAGCAGCAGCUGCCACACUGUGCAAUACAUCAACAAAUACGCCAUACACUGGAGCAACGACCAUACUGCAGCUGCCGACUCUCAGCUGUGCUGGCAAUCAGAAUAACGUCGUUGGCGGCUCCUCGUCCAUCAGCGUGGCCGCCUCGAGCAGUACGCUGAUCAAGGACGAGGAGCAGCAGCAGUUUGCGCAGGCGCUGAUCAAGCGCGACGAGCUCGAUUUGUUUUUCGAUUUUCUCAAAAAGAAAAUGCAAUACUUUAGCAAAACGCAAAUUACGCACAUUCAAAUGGAAUUCCUCAACUGCGUCAGCAGGCAGGAGGUGGCCGAGCAGGAUGCCAAGGAUUAGCUGCAUAUACAUUCAUAUAUAUAAACAAACCUUUAUAUAUAUAUAAAUAUAUA